AAUAAGAAGAAGCAUUCCCGAGUCUUUGGGUCUGACAAACUCUCCGACGAUUUUUCCCUGGACUUCCGGCGAGCUAUCUCUCACCCUUCGCCCUCUACUUUCUAAAAAAGAAUUCCGACCAAAGUCGCACAAAGCUAAUUUUUUUUAAUUGUUUAUUUCACCGAAACAGGUGAAUCUCAAAAAUCCCUGUUUACGACGUCGUUUUGAGGAAUUCGUCGUUGUCGGACGAGAUGUGCCGCCAAAAUUCAUGCGUGCAUUUAUCGGUGGAAGAGGCGGUCGCCGUCGAAGAGACUCUUCUCGUUUAUUGCAAGCCUGUUGAGCUCUACAAUAUUCUCCGUUGCCGUGCCUCAGACAACCCUUCGUUUCUUCGAAGAUGUUUGAAUUACAAAAUCCAAGCAAGGCGUAAAAGGAGGUUGAGCAGUGGAACUGUAAUAUUUAACUAUAAGGACUGUAACAAUAUGUUACGAAAGACUGAAGUUACUGAAGACUUUUCUUGUCCGUUUUGCUUGAUGCAAUGUGCAAGCUUUAAGGGUUUGCGUUUUCACUUGUGCUCUUCACAUGACCUUUUCAACUUUGAGUUUUGGGUGACUGAAGAGUAUCAAGCAGUGAACGUUUCUGUGAACAUUGAUGUGUUAUCUGAGACUAUAGCAGACAGAGCAGUCCCACAACUACAAACAUUCUUCUUAUGUUCAAGACCACGAAAGCGCCGGCGAACGAACCUUGUUCAAAAUGAAACGACUGCUGAUGUGCAAUUCUUGGAGUUGGACUCGCCUAGACUUGCUAGUGAAGGCAUACUCAGGGGACUUGUGGAGAACGGUGACUCUCUACCAUGUAAAGGUGAAAAUUUUUCAAAGCCAUUUUGUGGCGAGAAAGAUAUGCAGAAUGGGAGACGAGGCUGGGAAAAUUAUGGUUUUGAUUGUCCAAGUUCCAUUGAGUGCAUAGAACGUGUUGCAUCAAGUUCCAAUGUUCUGGGCAUCACAAUCGCCAUGGCGCAAACGUCUGCUGACCUUGAUUCUGUCAAACUUCUUUCGGGAAUUGAUCCUCCCCUCCCUCCUAAAACUAAGAAGACAAUGGAGCGAUCAGACCCUAAAAACCGAGCACUCCUACAGAAACGACAGUUCUAUCACUCUCAUAGAGUUCAGCCUAUGGCAUUAGAGCAAGUGCUUUCAGAUCGAGAUAGCGAAGAUGAAGUUGAUGAUGACAUUGCAGAUCUUGAAGAUACAAGGAUGCUUGAUGAUUUUGUGGAUGUUACCAAAGAUGAAAAGCAACUAAUGCAUCUUUGGAACUCAUUUGUGAGAAAGCAAAGGGUGUUGGCAGAUGGUCAUAUUCCCUGGGCGUGUGAAGCAUUCUCAAAACUUCAUGGACAGGAGCUCAUCUCAUCUCGACCUCUUUUUUGGUGUUGGAGGUUAUUCAUGAUCAAACUUUGGAAUCAUGGUCUUCUUGAUGCCUGCACUAUGAACAGUUGUAAUAUAAUUCUUGAGGGAUUCAGGGAUAAUGCACCAGAUGGAACAACAAGUUAGAUGAAACGAAGUAUGUUUACUCUUUCAUUUUGCUUCUUUUCUCUACUCUUGAUUUUUCUUUUUUCCCAUUUAGAAGAGAAAAUCAUUGAGCUAGAUAUGGAGCUGGAACAUUUUUCUUAACAAAACUAGAGAAAACGAAUGGGGUUCUUCGUUUCAAUGCUGUAUUUAGAUUAAAUUAGGGCCUCAAAACUAUUUAGUUCAAAUUAGUAAAAAUUUGGUAGGAUUAUAAUAAGGAACUUCCGGGUCUUAACCAUUGUAUGAUUCAUGUGUUAAAGCUGAGCGCUGUUCUAUAGCAUUCAAUCCCAUUGUUUGUUAUGUACAAUUUCUUUCUUGUG